AUGUCCGACCACUGCGACGCAUACACAGCCCUGUCGCCCGCAUCGUUGCGCUCUGAAGUUGCGGAAGUUCUCCAGGCUAUAGCAGACGCGUCCGCCUCGACGAUCAUUGCGGCCACGGCCGGAACGGAGCUCGUCCAACUGCUUAUUGACGACAUCGUGUCGUCGUCCGACACGUCCACGAGAAGUCGGCUUAGCCGCGAAGACGGAUUACUCGCACUUCAGGCCCUCAGGACUCUCGGUAGCAAGUCUACGGGUGCGAAAGUCAUUGGUACGGCCGCUAACUUCACCAAGCUUCUGUCUAUCUACGCGGCGUAUGAGGGCACUCCGGAAGCUUCGGGCACCACGCUGCGAUGCCUGGCCAACACGCUCCUCCAGGUUGAAUCGGCGCGAGUGACAUUCGUAGAGGAGCCUGUUGCAGGGGGUCAUUGGGCUGUGGAGAUUCUAAAGAAAAGCGAGUCUCUGGAUCUCAUCUUCUUCGCUGCUCGCGUGCUCCUCUACGCAAUCGUCAGCGAUCCGGCAGACAACCGAGCCGCAGCGGAUCGCUUCGUUGCGUCAGCUAUCGAAAGAGAAGAAGACCCUCCAACUGUCGUCGACAUCCUCAGCCAGAAGCUAGAUGUCGCUUCCGCUGCUGUGCUCUCAGGUGCUCAGUUCGGACGCGAGGCCUUGGUCGACUUGCUCAAGGUCAUUGGUCUUGUCAUUGUUUCAUAUACCACAACCGCGGGCGAGACGCCGCAGGAUUCGGAUCCUGCAUGGAAUGAACGCUUGGAUGGCCUUCUUCCUGCCUUAAUCCGGGCCUUCCACUCCAUACCACCUUCUACGACACCACUGCCCUACACCUCCCCAUUGACAAACGCGGUCGUCGCUCUCGACGCCGUCCCGAUCUCGCCCUCCCUGAAGCCAAUCUGGUUCCCCACCGAGGGGUCGCACGGCGACAUGCUUCUGCGCGCGUACGACGUCCUCGACGCGACGCUCGCGCGGUACAUGCCCGGGCGCGUCGAGGCGGACGACCCGGUCGUCGAGGAGCAGUGCAAGGAGGUCGGCGAGCCGCUGAACACGUUCGCGACGCCCCUGGUGCUGCUCAUCUGCAAGCUGUGCGCCGCCGACGAGCACUCGCGCCGCCGGAUGCGCGAGUGGCUCCUCCCGGACGACCUCGACCGCUCGACGCACCUCGAGAUCCGGGCGGACCUGCUCGGGCGGCUGCUGCGGCUGCUCGUGAGCAUGACGCACUCGCUCCUGAAGCAGAGCGUCGGGGAGAUGCUCUUCGCGAUCUGCGAGUUUGAUGGACGCGUGCUCGCUAGCGCGGUGGGGUACGGCAACGUCGCCGGCUUCCUCUUCCACAAGGGCAUCAGCAACACCGGGGCGCAGACCCCGACGGGGGUCGACGUGCGCCCGGCACGGCAGACGACGCCGGACGGGGUGCCCAUUGACCCCGUCACGGGCGUCGCCCGAGAUCAGGGCCCGCCGGUGGACCUGACGGAGGAGGAGCGCGAGCGCGAGGCGGAGAAGCUGUUCGUCUUGUUCCAUCGGCUCGAGCAGACGGGGGCGAUCGCACCGGAACAUAACCCGGUGCGGAUGUUUCGGGAAGAGAACCAUGAUACCUGA